AUGGUGGAGGCUGUCGCCUCGCUGGUCGGUGGCCUCGACGCCCUCCGCGUGCUCCACACCGCCACCGAGGCUCACGUCGAGGAGAACCGCUUCGCCAACCCUCCUUCAGAGCUCGUGUUUGGGCGCCCAGCACAGGCAGCGCUGGGGGUCGAGCACUGCAUGCACAUGCACAUGUGCAUAUGCGUUCCCAGGGAGGCUGUGUUGCACGGGCUGCUCGAGGGCACCGCCGCCAUCGUGCGGGAGGGCGGGCUCAAGCGCGACUGCGACGAACACGAGUUUUUCGCCAUCGCAGCGAGCAGCAAGCCGCCCGCCGCAAUGGCCGCAGCGUGCCGCAACAGCCGGAGGACUGGAGGGCUUUGCUUCUUCUGUGUGAGCCGGGCCGUUGACCCCGAAGAAUUCUUUCUGAAGGCGCCUGCGAACAUUUUGCUCGGCACGCGAGAGAGUUGGUCGUUGGACACAUAA